AUGUCAGAUUCUGAUCACUCCGAUGCAGGUGAGCGUUUUUUUCACCUUUCCAUACUAACUAUUUUCAAAAAAAAAGCUCCCGUUUAUGUAUAUUUGGCUCUGAAACCUUAAUAGUCUCCUUAAAAUGAUACCUGAAUUAUUUUGUCUGAACAAGAACAACUACUUAUACUCAUAAAUAUAACUUUUAUAUUUUUCUACUUUCUUUCAAAUUUUUUUGUAUUCUCUUUUUUGGGGAAGCAAGAGUUUCAAUUUCAAAAAAAAAACUGUAUUUUCAGGAGAAGAGCUCUUUAGACCAGUUCGCUCGCUCAGUUGCUCGGUACUGUAUGAAAUGGAGGUAAAUAAAUAUACUUGUAAAGACCCCUUUUCUAUCAAAAAUCGGUCGGGAAAGUGCUAAGAGAGAAAAAAAACAAUGAAGCUGAUGAUAUGGGUUUUUGAGGUUGCGCUUGGAGAUAUGUAAUUUCCGGCCCAUGAAAGCACUCUGCCGAAAAAAGAAGAAAGAUCUGCGUCAAUCUUCAAAGCCUAGCUUUUUUCUUUUUGUGACGUUGCAAUCUGCGCCGAGUAAUGUAAAAGAAGAAAUGUGGUGCUUUUGCAUUGGCUCGCAUACAAACGAAAUCAUUUACACCUGCUGGACGCGCGCCGACUCGAUUUUAGAUCCGAAACGUCUGAACCUAUUCGUAACGCAUUGAAAUUUGUGCUGACUAGAUAUAAUACUCUAUUUGCAAUAAUAAAUAACAAGCCGAUCUAUCCAAGAUUAAUUUUACGAAAAGCUCAUUUCUAUCGUCCUUCGAUCUGUCUUGUUUUUUUAAGAGUCCCUUUUUGUCCUUCUGCAAAAUUUCAUCCAGAAGAGGCCUUACAACCCUAUUGAUCCGCUAUCUUUGAAGAGCUUCCCACAAAUUUCGCUUUUUGGAGUUUAUUAUUUUUGCUGCGGGAACUAAUGCGCGACUACUAUAUCGACAUAACUUUGGUGAUAUUGUGGGUCUAAAUGGGCGGCGCUUAUCUUAUUACCCAAACAAUGUCCGGUUUGGCUUGGAAUUUGUGGUAAUUGGUUUUGAAGUUCCCAACGCCACUCCGACAACUACCGUUGUACGAAUGGUAAGUCAAAAAAAAAACUGCUUGACUCUCAGUUUUUCAAAUUUAUUUCGAAAAUCGGAAAAAUGUGAGCGAUUCGUUUUUUUUUAUUUUACGAAAAUUCAAUUACUUAUAUCAGUAGUUAAUUUGAGCAGAAAUUUUAUCUGAUUCUGACUAAAAAAUAAUGACUGUUGUCACUAAAUCAGAAAAAAAGUCUCAAAAUAUAUCAACUGAGCAGUUUUCCGGAUCUUUUUAUAUCCUCAUGUUUUCAAUUCCGGGUGAACCAUUAGCUUACCAAGGUAAUGAGAAUCUCGUGUUACACCUGCAAAAAGCUUCUAUCCAAGCCUUCGACCCAAAAUGGAACUACGUCAUUCGGUUCGCAUUUCCCUGCCGACCGCAGUGUUCUGUUUUCGGGGCCGCCUCUCAUGUCUUUUUUGAUAAAUAGAAGCCGCCGAGUAAAAUAUUUGUGGUAAGCGGCGCCGAGAUAUUGCUGAUAAAAGGGUCUAUUGUUGCCUAUGCGAAAAAAAAGCGCCCUCAGAUUAGGCAUCUCGCGAAUUCUAAGAGAUUUGAUGUUAAAAGUCUCGCUCUUUUCUGUUUUAACAUUUUUUUAGUAGGCUUAUCUCAGCGUCAACAAUCUUUUUCAGCUAGCCGUAUACUACUAAAAUUCUGACGCAAAUCAGAGAUAAAAUGAUUACAAAUUCCUUGGAUUUUCGUAUCGAUUGCGCAGCUAAGCAGGAAUGAGUGGCGAUUCCUGCACAGCUAACCACAUAAGUUGUAGCCACACUCCAGGAAUUGUAUUUAAGGGAGAGCAGAUUACGACGCGGUAUGAGAACGAAUUUUCACGCUCUUUGUCUCCACUCACAAUCCCGACAAACGACCAUCGGAAGACAGUAGCUUUUCAAGAGCCUUUUGGUGAGCAUCCCAUAAUUGAAAUGUAUACGUGAGUUUUCUGUUUCAGACGUCAAAAAUGAAAUCGCUUCUGAGCGCGACCGUCUGAAAUCGCCUCAUAGCGCCGAGGUUAGUCGAUCGCUUAAAACAUGUCGGAAUGAAUAAAAGUGUGCGUCAAAACGUGGUGGCUCCAGAGUUCGUAAAGUUAAACAUUCGCAGCUGUGUUGGAAACCUAUGCGAAAUGAAAAAACAAAUCGGCGACAUUGCUUUUUGCAAAUCGGCAAAUCUGCAGGAAGGCCCCAGAAAAAUGUCGCUUGUCGGCAAGCCUCUCGUCUACAAAAACUACCGGACCGACCAGCGGUUCCGACGGAUCCAAAGCAAGAUGCACAACUUUCUAGAAAGACCACGAGGAUGGCGCGCCGCCAGCUAUCAUCUAGCUGUGUUAGCUUCUAAAUCUCACCUAACAAGCUUAGACUACUGUUUCAGACUGGUGAUGGUUCUGAUGUGUCUAGGACUUUCAGUCUUCUCUACAAUGCCUGAUUUCGAAGAGGGCGCAACUGUCAUUUUAUACUACAUCGUGAGAUUGUAUUUUCAUUUCGAAAAUAGGAGAAAUACUCUUUAGGAAAUAGUUUUUGUCAUUUGGCUGGCAGCCGAAUACAUUUGCCGGGUCUGGUCGGCCGGUUGUAGGUCGAGGUACAGAGGUCUUAGCGGUCGCAUACGCUUCGCGACUAGUGCUUAUUGCGUCAUAGGUGUCUCAUUUACGCCUAAGCCUCUACUAAACGUUAUGCUUUAGAUAUUAUUGUUAUUUUGGCUUCUAUAACGGUGCUUUGUAUUGGUGCGACGGGGCAGGUACCUAGCAAUCCAUAUGAAAAAAGGAACUAAAGCAAAACUACAGGUGUUCGCUGCUUCUGCAAUACGCGGUUUACGAUUUUUUCAAAUCCUACGGAUGUUGCGAAUAGAUCGAAGAGCGGGCACUUGGAAACUUCUUGGAAGCGUCGUUUGGGCUCACCGACAGGUUGGAAAAUCACAAUUUUUUUAAGUGCUUACAAAAAUCAAAUCAAAAUACAUGGAACGAAGAGUAAUAAAAUAGUUUUAUUUUAACUCUAUUCAAUUAAAUUUCAGCUCGAAAAUACUUUUUUGAAUUUUGCAAAAACUUGUUUUGAUGAAUUUUAAAAAUCUAGAUUAAAAGCUCCGUUUUUUUGAGUCUGUUUGAAUUUCUGGAUUUGUUCACGUAAGCUAAAAAGGCAACCGAGUUUUCCCUACAGUUAUUUUUGGCUUAUAGUUUUAUCCCAUUGAUUUUUUCCUCAAAAAAUACCAACCUGAACAUGGUAGCCGAGUAGAAGGAGAUAGAAGGUGAAGUAGAAGACGUGGGCAGGAGCUCGUCGACGUCGGAGUCGAUCUGAACUGACCAUCUUCAGCGUGUCUUUUAUACGGCCAGGACGCCUAGGUCAACCUGGUUUUGACCUGGUGCCGCCUCCUAAACCAUAAGCGAUCAACCAUCGCCGCACCCCAUCUCAUUUGCAUAUCUCCUCCAGAAAUACAGUCUCUGACAAGGCCGCGAUAUUCGCGAGAUGAGAAUCACGUCACUUGAGAAAAGCCCGUCGAUGACAUCAUGAGAAAUAAAAGGAUUUUGGGAACAUUAGAACUGGAUCUGCGAUCUGUCGACUGUAAACGGAUCGACUCGCGAUAAACAAAACAAUAUUCAGGAGCUGUUGACGACCGUCUACAUAGGAUUUCUCGGCCUGAUCUUCUCCUCGUUCUUGGUUUACCUUUGCGAGAAGAACACCAAUGACAAGUACUCAACCUUUGCCGACGCUCUUUGGUGGGGCGUGGUGAGUGACUUCAAUUUUGAGAUUUCAGAGUUACCAAAUUGAAGAAUCUAUGUAUUGAAAAUUGCAAUUUCCUUGCAGCAUCAAAAAUUUAUUUUGUAAUCAUCAUGCUGCAACUUCCUUUCAGUUGGUAGAAUUCAAUAAUUGAAAAAACUUUCUGAGAAAAAAAAAUCACCUUCAUUUUUGAAUAAGCCCUCGUUCGACUCGAAACGGUAUCCCGAGCUUUUUUCUUCUGAAAAAUUAAGGUUCUAAAGACCAUACUAAGCAUAAGAAAAAUAUAUGAGUUUUUCAACAUUACUUUUCUGAAGACUUUGAAACGUUUAUAAAAAAGAUGAGCAGUUAUUGGAUUGAAAUUUCUCAUUUACUGACAUAAUGACGUUCUUUGUUAGGAAAAUUAUUACAAGAAUAGUUAGCGCGUUGAUGGAAGAAGUAAAUUGUUUUCGAAAAUCAAAAAACCAUAUAUUUUUCAAAGUGAUAAAAUCGGGCUCUGGUUUUGAUAUCUAGAAAAAAAAAAUUGAGCGAAAAGGAAAAACGGACGCUUUGAGAAAAAUGAACUGAAGCGAGUGGUAAUGUUUUAUUUGAAUGUCUUACACGUCGAGAAUGAUUUUUACGUACCAGGCGCAAUAAUUGACGACAGUUCUCGGUUUCCCGAUUUUUUCACAGCGCCUAACGAAGUUUUGUGCCCAAGAAAAAAAAAUGUAGGAAAACUAUUUUCUCACCACAAUUUAUACGUUGAUCCCAAAUAAACUUUUUUUUUGGCUACCUCAUUGUAUGAGGAUACUCACACAUUUAACGAAACAACGUUGGACUGUUAAAAUGUGAUCUUAUCAUCUCAAUCUAGCAACUCUCACUGCUAUUAAAAAAAAUAAAAUUUGGUUCUUUUCGUGAAUUUCAUUGAUCUUUGAUUGCUCUAGUCUGCUGUUAAAUUUUACCAAGUAACCUUAACAAGAAACGAAAUUUCAACGUUUCAAUUGGAAAAUUUAGAUAACGCUCUCUACAGUAGGUUAUGGCGACAAAACUCCAGAAACCUGGCCGGGGAAAAUAAUUGCGGCGUUUUGUGCUCUCCUCGGCAUUUCAUUCUUCGCUCUUCCUGCGGUGAUUUCAUUCGAUUUGUAAAGUCAAAUUCGGUUUCCAGGGUAUUUUGGGAUCUGGGUUUGCUUUGAAGGUGCAGCAACACCAAAGACAGAAACAUUUGAUCCGAAGAAGAGUUCCUGCAGCAAGACUCAUCCAGUGCUUGUGGCGGCAUUAUUCAGCGGCUCCGGAAUCUUCUUCAGUAGCUACGUGGAAGAUUCAUCUCGCGCCGGAAAUUAGUCCCAUGUUUGUUUUUGUCGAUCUGACUAAAAAAAUUGCUUCCGAUAUUUUCCAUUUUUUUCAAAAACUAGAAAAAAAUAUUUGUUGCCUUUUCCCACGACCCAUACUGAGAUCAAAAAAAUCAUAACAUGAUGAAUUUGUAGUUACAAAAGUCACUGCUUUAUUUGCAUCAAAAACCCGACCAGUCAAAAAAAAAACUUACACUGUGGUUGUAACUAACUCAUAAUAGAUUUAAUUCGAAUUUUCAGAUUUUGCCAAAAUAAAAAACAUUUUCAAGAGACUCCGAGGAAAAUAUUGAAAUGAUCAACCUGCGAACCUCUUAAUUUUCCGAGUAAGAAAAAAAUGUAUUGAAAAUAUUUUUGUUCUCGGCUUUGAAGGAUUCUUUUCUGAGAACUAUCUCACUCCUGAAACAUUUUUGUUUUUCUGAUUGUUUUUGCGAGAGAAUUGAGAGUAAUUUUUGAACCAUCCAUCCUGUUGGGCACUAAAUGCAUAGGACCUUCUAGCAGACGACGCUGCGAGGUCAUAAGAAACAUCUAGAAAAAGGCAUAAUUACAGUAGACCCCCGCUGUUGUUUUAGGGUCAAGAGCACACCUAAUGGCAGCCAAUCUAGCGGCAUCAUAAAUCGCAUAAGGCAGAGCACAAAGCGGCGUCUGAACUACGGACCAGGACCAGAUAUUGGUAAGACUGUUGGCCUUAAUAAGCGACCAAACACCAACGAAACAGAGAUUACGGGUGUUCCUUCGCCGAUGCCCACGAACCUGGGCCUUGCCGCCACUUCGCCUGUUAUGAAGUCGCUGCUGGUGCCCAAGCCUCAGGAUAAUAUAAGGUCAUAUUCAAACAAAACCUCAAAAAGUUUCAAAUUAUAUUCUGAAGCUAACACUUAUGCGAUCUAAAAUAAUGAUAUUUUUGGUCAGGUCUGUUUUUGUAUGUUUCGGUAAAAAAUUGUUUGAUGCUUUUCAAAAAAACUUUUUAUUUGCUCGAACCAUCUAACCAAUAUUUUUAAAGCCAUUCAGUAAAACCAAACCGCGGUGCCCUUUCUCGAUUCGCUUAUGCAACACACUAAAAAAUAGAGCCGAAUGAAGGCAGGCAAUUUAUUUUCCACUUCAGAUUUUAGAAUUUUUUUUCGAAUUUUUUCAAACCUCGAAGGAAGUUUUCUGAAGCACGCAAUGAGCAUAACUUUCCAAUUUUCGAGAAAACGUGCCUCAAAGUCAAAAAACCCUCAUGCACCUGCUGCACUUACCUUGCAAAAACUUUGGGGCACCUGUUUCUGAAAAUUAAGAAUUAUGCAGAUGAAAAUUUUCAGGAUCAUCAUCAUGGACAAAAGAAUGUUUAUGAGCGAAAUUCUUAGAAUUUCUAGGGUGCAAAGUGAAUUCACCUUCGCUGCCACACAUAACAGAUUUUUCGUUUCCCAAUUACUCCGUGACGUGUACCAUCAUUUUUCAGUCUUGUCUCGACGUCGGACAUUUCUGAGCUGGAGCAACUCGGAGCCCUAGGGUUUUCAUUCGGUUAUCAAACAAGAAGAACAGAAGAGGAAUUCAAAUGGCUUUUCAGGAAAUUGGAGGUCCAAAAGCAGUAAUAAGAGCAAUUCGAGGAAGGCGAUGGACGAUUCCGUGAUUCAGUCGAGAGUGACUCCGUCUACCAAUGUUGCCAAUUAUGACGGUAAACUGUUGCAUGCUAAUCUUCAUUUAAUUCUGAUUCUGAAGAUGCUAGAAGUCGUGGUUCUGUGAAAGACCUUCUUUUUGAGUUGCAGGAGAAUGUAAUUAGCUUUACCCUUGUUCUGGUCUAAGUUGUGGGAUUGGAGAUGAUGUAUUGAGAAACUUUUUUUUAAGCAGAUAAUAAUUGUUAUUUCUAGCCUUUUCCAACAUUAGUAAUGAGUAAUAAUUUUUGACCGUUAUCAGUUAUAAAAAACGCGUCAAUUUUCAACAAAAGCCGUCUGCCCUCAUUGACCAGACCUGAAAAGAUUUCUCUGUUUUUGAAUGUGGCGUAUUUUUCUGGAAUCGUUGCAGCUCGUUUUUUUCCGUUUUCUUUUCGUGCCUCUUUUCUCUCCACUGCUGGAACGGCAUUCGUAUGGCACAAAUCAAUGAUAGAAUACCACAUCUAUCUAGUAUAUCUCACUCUUUUCUUACUGAUAAACAACGCCCGCGACAUUUUGUCUGGAUACGGAUAUGAGCAAGAAUAUGGACGGCGGUUAACGUUGUCAGCACGCUGAAAAAUAAUUUAUUAUAUUCGGGGGACCUAAAUUUAGUUGCGCCAGGGUUGUGAGCUUUUUUCAUUUAUUGCAAUCGGAUAUCCAACAAAAUUUGAGUACUCGGUAAAAAUGGAAAUUCCCUUUGAGCACACUUGAAAAUUUACGAAGAAGGAGAUAAAACUGAAUUUUUCAACAACUUUGAAUUCUUUCGAAAAAGUGAUGUCAUGAUUAUCUUAAAAACAGAAAUUUGAGUGAGAUAUUUGAACGAAAAUGUGAUUACUCAGAUUCCCACGAUUCAAAGCCCGAAAAUCGGCAAAUUUUUUUUUAUUGAGAGCAUACGUAUGUGUUUUCUCAAAAGAUAAAAAAACUAAGUUUCUUUGCAUAAACUUAUGAUAUUUUUUUCUCACGGUAGAUUUCCUUGUCAUAUUUCUAAUCCAAAAAUUUGUCAAAAAGAGUUUAUUAUUUUUGUUAAAAAAACAAAAUCUCAAUUGCUUGGCAUGAAUUUUUAUUAACUUUUGAAAAAAAAAUGCAAAAUAAAGAGUUAAAAUAUUUUCAUUAUAAGUUAUUAAUGGGAUACAAUUGGAAAACUUUCUGCUUUUUCAUGGAUACUUUUUUUCGAAAUAAGAAAGGUUUCAGGAAGGUUUGAGUGAAAGAACUAUGAAAUUAUGAAUGAAAUACCAAAAACGACGUAACCAGACGAGUUUCCUGCAUCCCAUCCUAACUGUCUAGGGCCAGCACGAAAAGGCCGAUCGCUCAUGCUGUAUCGUGACCUGAAGGCGAAUCCAAAAGAUGGUUUGGUGUUAUCUGAUUGCGACGUGAUAGGCGAUUACUCGCUCAUGAUGGCCCCGCUCUACCAAUGGUGCGAACAGUUGCGACGUAGAAAGAGCUCGUUGGAUGAUGGUGUGUGGAGCCAACUAACAAUCUGCGCGCCGCGAAGAACCGAGGAUGUCUCCGACUCUGACGGUGAGGCCUCCACAGGCUCUUCGCCCGCUUCCUUCCUUUCCGCCUCUUUUUUUUUAACUCGUAGUGUGUUUUUCUUCAACAUAGUUUUUCAUUUUUAUUUUUAUACAUUUUAUCGUUUUGUGGACUUCGAAUAUGAGACAAUUAAAGAAAACGAAAUUAAGGCUGCUAUGGGACCUUUUCUUAGGUAGAGAUAAUCACAAAUCACGUAACACGGCCCGAAAUUGCAGUCUUUAGAAGAUUUUUUCAGAUUCGUCGGCAAAUACUUUAUUGAACUCAUAAAAAAUCAAGAUAUUUUGUAGAGGAAUUGUCUUACCGUGUCCGUUUCUUCGAAACUGCAGCAAGAUUCUUAGAAUCAACUAUAGUAAUUAUUCUCAUUGAAAAAUACAUGUUGCUUGAACUUUAUCAUGCUCAAACAUUUUUUUCACAACGCAUGACUGUUUUCCGUAUUAUUUUUUAAACUAUUUAUUUUUUUUUUUCGAUAAUAUUGUCAUUGUCCUUAUGGAACGGCUAUCUCAAACCUCACCUGUCUAGGCGGGACAUGCCCUUUAGCUGAGGAGAUAAUUAAUCUUUCUUUAGAAAAUGAAAGAAAUUUUUGAAAAAAAACUUUUCCAACAGCUAAAACGGAAGGAUUUGGAAGAAAUGAGAAAAGAGGGAAACGAGCUUUUGGGGUAUUUGAGUUAUCCUCAGUUGAUGUUUAUAAGAAAGAAACUUAAAAUUAGAAAACUUAACUGUUGAGUCUUACCUUAUUAUGGCAUUUAGAAGAAGAAGCCGUCAACAUACAGCCGCGGACACUCGAAGACUACACGCCUCAGCUGAGGAACGCUGUCAGAGCGAUUCGUCGGAUUCAGCUACUUGUGGCUCGAAGAAAGUUCAAAGAGGCUUUGAAGCCCUAUGACGUCAAAGACGUCAUAGAGCAGUACUCUGCCGGACAUGUCGAUUUGCAGAGUCGAGUUAAAACCGUACAGGCCAAGUAAGACAGCAAAAUUUGACAAAAUUCGUGAGCUUGGAGUAUAGGCUCGAUAUAAUUUGUGGGAAAAACAUCGAAAAACUUGAUCCGAAGACGUCGAUGGUCUCCAGAAUUAUUCACCUCGAGAGCACGGUAAUACAUUUUUAAACAUCGAUUUACAUCAUGUAUUUCUUUCAAACUAUCCUUUUAAAAAGUUAUUCAAACUUUUUCAGGUUGAGAAAAUGGACAAAAAACUCGAUUUGAUGAUGGAAAUGCUAGUUGGUGAACGUCGAAUUUCACGUGUUUCAACGCCUUUACAUUCUCAUUCAGCGAGAGCUGAUAUCAUUUCCGAGUUCGUUCAUGUAUAAACUUUAAUAAUUUAAUAUCACGGCCGAAAGUUUGUUUUUCCGCACCUUUUAACUUUUGGACCAAGAACUCUACUUCAGUUGGUCUGCUCUGAAAAUAAUUCUUGGCGAUGUUCUUUUUAAGAAAUGAUAAAACAGAAAAACCAGAUAUGCGUCAUCAUAGAGAGGGUGCUUUCAGAGACCGACCGGAAGGAUCCAGAAAAGGAGAAUUAGUUCGUGGUCAUCGAUCAAUGGCAAGCAGUGAGACUCUUGAGAUGUUCACAGCUCGGUGUGUUUUCUUUUCUUUUCCAAGCUCAACAAAAAAGUGCAGAUCUCACUCUCCGGCGAUUCAUCGAGAAAGUUCGCCACUGUUAUUUGCUGAGCUGGACGAGGAAGACGACUAUGAAAGAGAUUAA